UUCCUCCUCUCUCUAUGGUGGAGGUGAUUCGGCGUGUUGGGGGCCGUCGAGACGUGGCUGUUUCGGGUGAGAGAUUUCCGUGGAGAAAAGAAAAAAGGAGGGCUGGUUGGAGCUUGUUCGUCUGCGAGCAGAGCCCGGAGAGGGCAGUCCCUACGCUUCGAGUUUCAUGCUGUUAUUUAUAUUUUAUACAAGAUUCUCAGAGGACCCUUUUGUUUUAGAUCUUGAUCUUUCCCUUUCUCCUCUUCCCCCAAACCCACCACAUAAAAUGUUUUGGUGAUCUGACAGAAGUAGCUGAGCUUGGACUGGAAAUCACAGUUUGGCUGGAGUCCAUCCUCUAAAUUCAGGAUAUGCUUUGGUCAUGUCCCAAAUGGAAAAUGAAUCUCUGAGAGAAGAUGUAUGUGAAGCUGAUGAAAAUGUGCAGAAGACAACGGACGCAGAACUGACCAAGAAUAAUGGAGUGGAAGCUGAGCCUACGUUCAUGACCCAGAAAAGACCAGAAACCAAAUUCACUGAGCUCAAUGCAGCACAAGAGCCACAGGUCUCAGGUUCCACUGAGAAGACACAAACAGGAUGGGGAUAUUGGGGAAACUGGGGAAAAUCAUUGCUUUCAAGUGCUUCUGCUACAAUGGCUACUGUUGGUCAUGGAAUCUCAAAUGUCAUUGAAAAAGCAGAGACAUCCCUAGGGAUCCCCAAUCCUAGUGACUUAUCGUCUGAGGCCAAAGAUGCAAUAAAAGAAAGCCAAGAAUCUGAAGAAGUGAGUGAUGGCAAGGAAGAGACUGAAAAUCUCUCACCUAUCAGUGGUGCAUUUGGAAUGUUUUCUACCAUUUCUUCUGCGGUUCAGAGCACAGGGAAGACAGUUAUAAGUGGAAGUUUGGAUGCAUUAGAAUACAUUGGGAAAAAGACUAUGGAUGUGAUAGCUGAAGGUGACCCUGGAUUUAGGAAAACGAAAGGUUUGAUGAGCAGAAAUUCCACACUAUCUCAGGUCUUACGAGAGGCAAAGGAGAGAGAACAACUGAGGGCAGCUACUGAGGUUUCCAUGACUACAGAAAAGAAAGCACAUUAUGGACUGCUUUUUGAUGAGUUUCAGGGUCUUUCUCAUUUGGAAGCCUUAGAGAUGCUUUCCAGGGAGAGUGAAUCAAAGGUGAAAUCUGUUAUAAAUACACUUUCUGGGGAGGAGUUUGAUACUUUAAAGGCAGAGCUGGAAAAGCUUAAAGAAGCAUUUUCAUUAGCUGAAUUUGAUGAUGAUGAAGAUGAAGAUGAAAAUGAAGAAAAGAGAGAAGAAGAUUUCACAAAUGAAGUGGGUAUACUCUUUUCACAACUGUGUGUCUCUCUAAAACCAGUGAAGUUGCUCCAAGCAAAGAACUCUGCUCAUGAAUUAAUUAAAAACCUCAAUAUGCAAAUGGUCAAAGAAGCAGGACAGCAUGAAGGAGACCAGCAAGUGGGCUCAGGAGAUACUGAACAAGAGAAUAAAAAGUCAGUGGAGGAUAUUCACAUGAUUGCAGUCAGAAGCCUGGCUGAGAUGACAGCUUAUUCCAUUGAAAUGUUCCACAAAACUGCAGCAUUGGUUCUUCAUGGGCAAAAAGAAGAUGUGUUGGCCAUAAACCGAGCUAAAACCCUUUCCCAAAUGACCAUCAUGCUGUGCAAAGAAUUAUCAUCUCUCUCUAAAGAAUUUGCUACGUGCUUAACAGCUACAGGGGUAGAAGAGAAGGCUGAUGUGCUUAACCCUUUAAUCACUGGAGUGUUUUUGGAGGCUUCCAACAGUGCCUCUUAUAUCCAAGAUGCCUUCCAGCUACUUUUGCCAGUGCUGCAGAUCUCUCAUAUCCAGGCUCAGACAGAGUUAUCUCAGCAAUAAAUCAAGUCUGACUAAACUGGAACAUCACUUCCAAUCUACCUGAAUGAAAGUUCCCUGGUUCCAUAAGAAGAUGAAAGCAUCUUAAUGCAAAUACAAAUUAAGACAAAUGCAUUGACUUGUGGUUUGUCACUGACCAGAAUAAGAUGCUGAAAGGCCAUGACGUAGCCACCUACAUAGGUAGACAAGAUGUCCUAUAGAGUCCAUAGGAAGUUUGUAAUGUGACUUACUUUGUCAUUUUGCUGGAUAAUGUUCUAUCUACUUCUGCUCCUUAGACCUCCUGUGUUAAGCUCCUUGAGAUGAGCAUUAUGAAGGAAAGACACGAGGUGCAAGGGAUGCAUAGCAGAACAAUGUUCAUGGAUUGAGACCUUAGAGAGAUUAUUGGAGUCAGUAACUGCAGCAAAUUGUAUCAUACUCACAUUAAAAGCUAUUUUAAGUAAAGUGCCUAGCACUCCAAAGAGAUACUGAGAAAAUAAGAUUUGUUUUAAGUCAUGUGAGUGAUUUUUCAAUUGUCCAUUCUAUGACCUGCAGAUCCCAAAAGAAAAAAAAAACUAAAAAAACUGCUAAGAUUGCAGCUCUCUAUGUUAUUGAAAGGGGAAAUGGCCUAUUUAUACCUCUUAACUGGCUCCCCGGUAAGCCUGUAUUUGAGUAUACUUAAAGUGUGUAAAGUUUUUAAACAAAUUAAUUAUCUGACCUUUUAUUAAAGUAUCCUCUCUAUUAGUGCUA